UUACAGACGUGAAAAGCAGACAGACCACGGACGGAUUUUGUAAGCCAUAAUCGAGCGGAGGAAUAUAAUUCCAAUAUUGCCCUAUUUGGAUCGCGAAUCCAGACGAACGGAGUCGAGGUGUUAUCAGCGAUAACUACGAGGAAACAGUUCAGCACCGGAAGUGGACCGAGCGAUCCCUAGAGAAGAAACGAGGGAAAACGCAGCUGAAAGAUUUUUUGGAGAAUCUCUGGUUCGCUUAAGAAACAGAAGUUCGGGAUAGAGGUUGGCUAGCUCAACGAAUGGAACAAAAAAUGAUCACCCAAAUAAAUCGACGGAAAUAGAACCAGAGAUAUCAUAUUGGGUACCAAAAUAUUGGUUGUGGAUUAAGGGUAUAAUUCGUUGAAGGAAACUUGUCGGCACCAUGGCUUCUAAGAAGCGAUCGGUACGUGUGUUCAGCUUGCUGGUCAUUUUCCUGCAAUUCGAAGUGCAGGUUCAAUCACAGCAGCAUGACCAUAACUCACAUCAAGGGCACCAGAAUGAGCAGUUGAACUUUGGAGCACAAGAGAUAUAUUCGUCUUCGUCACAGCAGGAGCAACAGCAGCUUAUGGACGAAAUGUUUCAAGGAGGAGAAGGUGUCCUUCCGAGGGGUGGCUUGCUGGACAAAACCAGCCCGGAACUGGUUGGGAACUUGAUAUUUCAGCCCAGUUUACUAGACUUCUUGGAACGGUCCAUCGGAGAUCCACAUAAUCAGGUGGUAAUUCUCAUAAACAAACACAAAAGCCGAAGUGUCGUGCUCGGUUCUAUAUCUGGCAAUACGCCGGAUUUCUAUAGUUCUUAUUUUAAAGAUAUGGUUAUUCCUCCCGAGGGCAAUACUACCUUCAAUGUUGUAUUUCUGCCCCGACAGCUAGGCGCCACAGCUGGAUCGAUUGAGAUUCAUACCUCCUUUGGUUUGCUCCAAUAUCAUGUCCAAGGGGAAGGUAUUGAGUGCCCGUACAGGCUUAAGCCACUAGUGGGACUAAAGGCUCCACUCAAUGCCACGCUUACACCAGAGAUUACACUGCAUAAUCCUCACGACACGCCGCUUCAGAUAGUAGAAAUCUACAGCAGCGGAGGGAAUUUUCAGUUAGAACUACCGACAGGAGCACAAGAAGGUCCGCAAGCCAUGUGGGAAAUUCCUCCACACAGUACUCAAAGUGUAAUUCGGGUGCGAUUUCAUGGAAAAUCACCCGGAAACCAUUCAGCAUACGUUCGAAUUAAAAUUUCCGGUGGAAGUCAACAACCUUCUCUAGUCGAAAAAAUGCUUGUUGUCCCGAUUGAGAUCGAAAUCUCCAAAGAAACCGGUUACUAUUCCAAGGUUCCUUUUCUAGACAUGGCAUUGGAUGGCACGAAAGAAAACAGCACCGUGAUCAAAGUAAACUUUACUAACUCCGGUAAUACCUACUAUAUGAUCUCAGGUUGGGGGAUCUUCUCGGAUAACUUUGUACUGGAUCCAUCCAAAACUAAAUUUAACAGGCAAAACAAUCAGUUGCAAUUUGAAAUCGAUUGGAGUAAAGUUACCAAAGACAUUCAAUAUUUUCGAGCAGAACUAGAUCUGGAAUACAGAAAGGUUAAUCAAGGAAUACAACAGGAGGACUUUGUCUGUAGAGUCCCCUUAACAAUAAAACUUCUGCACGGUCAGUUGGACUACGAUCCUGAAAUACUAAAAUUCCUAACACUGAAAAGCGAAGAACAUAAUGAAAACCUGCAAACGCCACGAGCCGUCGUAAUUCAGAACAAAUUUAACGUGCCAUUAUCUAUUUCCAACAUCUCAGUACCUGAAAACUGCUCCAGCAAUUUUCUCCUCCAGGAUUUCCAUCCCACAAUAAUCGCACCCAACAAGGAAAAAACUCUAUUCCGAAUAUCACGCAUCCUAGCGGAUAAUCUAAAUCAAUCCAUCGCAACAUACGUUAGAAUUCUCACCAACAUUUCCAACUACGAUCUACCGAUCUACAGUUUUACGGGUAGACUGAAGCGUAUACUACCGUUUUCGACUACCAUCCCUCGUACAGCUGUCGAUUACCAGACGCUAGAUCUCGACGAAAAGCAGCUGAACUUUGGGAUUCUUCCCACCGCUACCCUAGGGGAGGCAUUGAUUGCGUUCUUUAACCCUAACCCCAUUCCGAUUCCGAUCCGACACUGGAAGGGUCAGUUGAACCCAACUACGUCGAGCACACCCACUAUAACGGUCAUCCUAAGAGGUUGUGGUCCUGCGGUGCAAAAUUUGUUUAUGUUUUGCCACACAAUUCCACCGCAGCAGUGGAUCGUCUAUCAGAUAUCCGUGCAGUCCAGUAGCACCGAUAGCUACCAGGGACGAUUUAGCAUCGUCACCGAUUACGAAGAAAUUGUGACACCAAUCAGCUUCACAACGGCCAUCGGGAAACUGGAGCUCAACCGGGAACUGCUGCAUUUCGGUGAUUGUUUUCCGGGUAAAAUAUGUUCCCUUAACCUUACGGCCCACUCAACGUUCCUUUCGAAAAUACACGUCGAGGGCAUCAAAACAGAUGUGGAGGGUAUCGAGUUCACCGUAGAAAGUAGACAUCCACCGGUCAUUCAUCCCAAUACGGUUACAAACAUCGGGAAGCUGGUGUUCGAUCCGAAGGUCAUCUGUCGAACGGAUUGUUACAGCAGUUUCGAUCUCCUUUCAAAACCUUUCGGGGUCAAGUGGAUGGCUACUCUGGAUAACUACGAACAAUACAGGAAGUUGGACAGUGAAAAAUUACUGCAACAGUUAAAGUUGUACGCGGAUAUGAAAAAGGCUUGGCAGAGCAUCCGGUUCCAGCUGACGACGGAUCCGAUUCGGAAGUUUGAGUUCAACGCCUCGGUUGACUUGGUGUGGCCCAAACUGUUGACGGAAAACAUUUACUUCCCAACGUUGCAGAUCGAACAGGAAGCAGUGAAGCUAAUCACGAUCAAUAAUCCUUCGGAUCAAAUUCUUUUCGUUCAUUUGGUUCUGCACGAUGUAAAAGUCCAUGGGAGUGACAUCAGUUCGAUUCCACCGGAGAUUCUAUCGCGGCGUGAGAACUGCAGCUUGAGCGAGGAGAAUGUAUUUUCUUUUUUCCUAUUCGAUUACGACGAUAUCUACGUGAACUAUGUGAAGCCGAAAUCGUUUCUGAAAAUAGCCGUUAAAUUUACGGCAAAAGAACCGGGAACGUAUUCCACAAUAUUCUACAUGCGCAACAAUCUAACAUUGAUUGACGCUGUUUGGAUACAGGCCAAGGCGGUAGUGCCGCAGUUUAAGUUCGGCAAUCGAAAACCUGGCUCAGCAACUGCCCUACAGUUUGAGAUUACUGAUAAGCAUCUGAAGAUGUGUACGAAGUUUCAAGAACCCGGUGCGGAGGCCGUAAGCAUUCAAACAAAGCGAUCGUUUACGGCACGAAACUAUGGAGAGGUUCCGAUUGCAAUUUCCGGAAUUCGAGUGGAAGAUCUUCUCUGCGAAGGUUACGGUUUCAAAGUAUUAGACUGUUGGCCAUUCGAGUUGCAACCAAAUGCAAGUAAAAAGAUUGAGAUUGCAUUUUCACCAGAUUUCACUCUGGCACGAGUGACACGAACGUUGAAUUUCGAUACGAAUAUCAAUUUUUCAGUAAAUUUUACCUUGCUGGGAACUGUUCCGGCGCACGGUUUGGAAUCCUGUAGUUUAAGUUUACGAAGACCGUGGUUCGAAUCGAUCCUAAGAGUAGCAUUGAUUUGCGUUCUUCCAUUGGCAUUGGUGGGGGCCUUAAUAGCGGCUUUUCUGGAAUCAAACAAAGUCAUCAGAGAUCACAUACUAAACAUGUCAAGGGAUCGUGGACCUAUACAGCCUCCUCUAGACUUACGGCAGAUCGCAUUGCAAAGUCCCGUUACAACGGAUGAUCAACCGGAAAAAGUCACAAAUGGACCGAACAAAGGCAACCAGAAUAAUUCUAAGAAAAAAGCUCCCCCGAGGCAACAGCUGUCAAAUAAUAGAUUAUCUAAUGGUAAUGCCAUUUCCGGUUUAAACAAAACUUGGAACGAAUUCACUUCGAAAAUUGGAAGGGGGUUAAGUUCAAAAUUGUCUUCUGAACCAGAAGCCAAUUCGAAUAAACAUUCGCCUGAAUCAACCGAAAAGAAAUCACAAAAGAAUCGUAGAUCGAUAACUCCUUCCAAGGAAAAUACGGCGUCAGCCAGUAAUCUACCUAUGAACGCCAAAGAUCGAAACAAAUCUCCGGUGGAAGAAGAUUCCAGUUCCACCACCACAGAAUGCUCGGAAAGCUCCUCAAUUUCAUCAUCCUCUUCAGGAUCCUCUGGAACAUCGUCUGUCACGACACUUUCAGCGACAUCCAUGUACAAAGCAGAACCCAUCGUGCACACUCUUCUGCAGAGCUCCAAAUCGGCGAACUGCCACCAUCAGCAACAACAACAACUGACAAAAGCAUGUGACUUAAAGGCGGAAUCAAAUUCCAACUCGACUCAAAAUGUGCAAAUGAGCAAUGGUUAUCAUCAGCAACAACAGUCCAAAGCAAGUCCUCAACAGACUCAGCCGGUAACAGUUGGUAAAACCAACGUUAAGAAAACUAAAAGCCUACCGGUCGCUUAUGAAUCAUCACCGAUCCUUGCGGCGGAACAUCAAAACUCGAGUUCAACCGCCUCGGCCAAUGUUCAAUCAAAGCCAAGGCAACCGGCAGCAGCCGAUACCUUAAGCGGAAUAACGACGGCGCUAGCUGCAGCGGCAGCGAUUGGAUUGACGGCCACCGUGUCUCCUAGUUCGGAAAAUGCUGGCAAAGCAACCGGCGGCAGCGCAACAACGAAUGGCACCGGUAGCGGAAACUUUCGGAACAAUGUCGUCAAAAAUCAAUCCAACGAUAAGGGGAAAAGUAGCAAGUCUUCUGAAAAACCUAAGGAAUACAUUGGGAAAGAGAGCGGUGCGGCUUUUGGAGAAAACUUGGGAAAGAACGAUUCAUCAAGUGGCAAGAAAUUCGGCAAAACUCCGGGACGGGAACGGAAAUCGAAUAGCCAAGGCAAAAAAUCUGGGAACCAAAAAACCCUUCACAAGGCUCAGGUGCUCCAGUUUCCAUCCUCUGGUUCCUCUGGCAGUAAACCGGGAGGAAGUUCGGCGGGUUCCAAUAACGGAACUGGGGCAAGCUUUUUUCUCACCGGUAGCAAUAUUCCUACGAAUGCGACGGUCAGUGGUGCUGGAAACCAAAACGUAUGGGGUGAGAAUCGCGCACGUUUUAGCGACGUUGUGGCACAGGCUUCAUUGGACAAAGCUGCGAGUAAUGCUGCUAAGUUUUUAAACUUUGAUCUGAGCGCAGGUCUCGAAAGGUUUGGUCUGAGCAGUACUUGCGAUGGAAUUCUGCCUCAAAAUGACGGAACAACUAAAUCUGCUUCCUCUGGUUUGUUUGGCAAAUCCAAGGAUGAUGGAUGCGUUGGCACGGAAAAGGAUCUUAACGUAAGCGUUGGACCUGAAUUAGGACCGAUCGGUACCAGUAAGAAGUCGCCAACGUCCUCCCCGAAGUGCUGGGAGCCUUUCGGCAAUUCUAUCCCGAGACCAACAUCGCUCGCUCUAGGGAAUGAUAUUGAACCGUCAGAAAGUUAUUUCUCGCAACAUUACGGCGAUUUCAAUCACAAUUCAGUUGGUGAUCAAUUCCGCACGAACAGCAAUUUAGUCAAUGGAAGCCAUUCGAAUCAAGCCAGUUUUGGGGGAAUGAACAAUAGUCACCCAAUGUCGAAUUCCUCGGGUCCAAUAGAUUCUGGAAAUGAUUUGAAUAAUAUGGUUCUCGAUCACCGUGACUGGGAUACGGAAAAAAUGCUCUGGCAAAUGAUUCAGAAAGAGGAAUCCAACACUAAUUCGCUCGUCGAUUGGUCCUCGUUGUGGACAGCCCCUACAGUAUAUUCGCAAAACAAUAAUCACUUGCAACAUCAGCAGCAACAACUUCCGGCGCUGCAGGCUAGCUCCCGCUUGGCAAACAGCUGGCUGAACACAUCAACAGUGGGCCCCUCAACCAGUGCUAGACCGCCACAUAUGCCACUUCGAGCUCCGCCAGGAUUUUCACCGGUCAAACCAACGCCGAAUCACUCCAUUCUUCUUCAACAAGCACAGCAUCAGCAGCAGCAGCAACAACAACAUCAGCAGCAAAUGCAAGCUCAAUUCAACGCUUUACAGCAACAGCAGCAGCAGAACAACUUAACGGCUUACGAUCCAUUCCGUUUGAGCUCGAUUUGGGCACCAGCCAAUUCAGGUGCCGAUGUGUGGAGCGAGAAAAAAUAAUUGCGUCCAAGCUUGGAUUUGAUUUUUCGGUGAUUUCGCACAGAACAAAGAACAAGUAGUAGAACUGCUAUUUUUUUUUAAAUUCUUUUUCAUUAUUUUACACAUGAACUAAUUUUUACCAAAAAAUAAUAAUUUGAACCAUAGAUACUCACACAUGUAUAAGGUUUUUUCGGUUUAUUUCAUUGAAGUUUUUCAUUUUCUGUCGAUUUUCCACCCACCAGAAACGUAAUAUUAUCCGGUUUUUCGUAACUAACCUCCCGUUUGUAUUUGUAAACCUGCUGCUAGGUUUUUAGUUUCAAGUUACAGAUCGUUGCUAAUCGAAUAACUGAUUUGUUGCUUGCAGUUUCUUUGUAUUAUUUUUCGUGAACAUAAUCAGCAAGUAGAUUUAAGCAAGGUCAGACAGAAAAAAAACGGUAGCAAUUUUCGGUGUGAAAAGUUGACUUAUGUAAAACAAUAAUUGAUACACAAGCCUAGAUUGGAGUAUAACAUUGGUAAAUUAUUAAACAAAAAAGCACAUUAUAUCAGAUAUCUUUAUUAUAGAACAAACAAUUAAUUGAAAGAACAAUUGAAUUAUAACAGGAAAGCAUAUAAGAAACGUUUGGUUUAUACAGCACUUUAACCAAUAUUCUUACUAUCAAUUAACCAUAGAACUGAUUCUUCAUUGAUAGGAACAAGUGGUAUUGAACUACUUUGAAGAAUUUCGCUCCAAAAUAAGUGCUAUCCAACAACACGCAUCACUAAAGACAAAAUGAACUCCAAAAACGCUGCUGUUCGCACAAAGCCAAAUAAAAGGUGAUUUAAUUAAUUACCUAUUAAUCAGAAAAGGAAAAAAGGAUUUGCCAGUGAAUCUGCAUUGGUUUCAAACUGAUGUGUAACUGUUUUAGACGACGAGGAUGAUGAUGAUGACAACCGCGCACCGCCCAACGGACAAAUGGAAUGGAGAUUAUUCUAACAUAAUGUAAUGUUAAAUAAUAAUAAUAAUAAUAUUUAUUAAUGACCCUUUAACUUUAUAAGUCAUUCAGGUCAGAUUCCGAAAAAUAGAUACAUUUCAUUUUACAAUUGGUGCAGUAAUUUUGUUUGUUUCAAAUAUUCUAUCAAUUUGGAUUCUCUUUGUUCAUUGUUAGAUAGCACUUCGCUGAUGUCUCCUUGGAUUUCACAUGUUGUUCUAAUUGAAUUGUAUUUGCGACAUUCUAGUAGGAUGUGUGGAACUGUCAGUAAUGUGUUGCAGGUAUCACACAGUUCUCGGUUUCUAAGGAACAGUCCCGAGUGCGUCAGUCUUGUGUGACCGAUACGCAGUCGACAUAGUGCACGUGUUUCCUGGCGUUGUUUGCGGUCGUUCCAUGCGUAGGUAUUACAUUUGAUCUGGCGAAGAAAUGGUUGGUUAUGGCUUGUCCAAACACUUUCCCAACUUUGUCUAAUGAUGUGCUUCAGGUUUCUUAUGGCAUCUUGUGCUGGAACACCUUGUGCAAUGCUGGGCAUUGCUCUGGCUUCGUUGGCUAGGUGGUCAGCAAGUUCGUUACCCGUUAUACCAGUGUGUCCAGGGAUCCAGCAGAGAGUUAUGUUUUUGAACUGUCCAGCUGUUUCGAUGGAUUGAAUCCACGGAUGUUUGGAGGACCCAUUUUGAACUGCGGUUAUAGCACUCGCCGAAUCCGUGAAGAUUACUAGAGGUGAAUCGAUGUCAUUAACACUUUUAAUCGCAUUGAGUAUGCUGUAGGUUUCAGCCGAGAAUAUGGAGCAUUCCGGUCGGAGUCGCAUUAGUUUUUGAAUAUUUGAGGACCAGAUUCCGCAACCUACCCGGUUGUCAGCUAUCGAACCAUCAGUAUAGAUGUGUAGAUGAUUUGAAUAUUCUCGGUUGAUAUGUUCAGUGAAAAGAGGUAUUGCCUGCAUUGAGUUUGCACCGGAUCGAAGUUUAAGUUUUAGUUUCCAAUCAACUUUUAUAGUUUUAGCAUUCCAUUGGCGGGGCCCAUGUCGCGUUAUUGGUUCGAUGUACGGUAUCUGUUCAUUCGUCAAAUUUCGGAGUUGUGAAUUAGUUCUCUGAAUGAUUGUUAGUGUUUUAUUCGAAUCUUCGAUAGUAACCCUCUGCUGUCUUAGUAUUGCACAUUUAGUAAGCUGUUGUACGUAGAGGUAUUCAAAUGGAAGCAUUCCAGAUUCGGCAUAAAUUGAAUUAAUUGGGCUUGUUCGGAAAGCUCCAGUUAUACUUCUCACUAUAGAAUUGUAUGCCGGGCGUAAUUUUCUGAUGAAUUGUUCACUGCCAAUACUGAUAAAUCCGAUGCCGUAGAACAGUUUCGGAAUUGUAAGGCUUUGAUGGAUUCUCAUAAGCGAUCUCCUGUUUCCUCCAAUUAGACGACUUCCCAUAAUUUGGAACAGGUUUUGGGUUGACUCAAGUGCUUUACGACAGGCCCUAGCAUGAGCUGAGAAUCGUAGUCGACGGUCAACCGUUACUCCCAGAAUUUUAGCGACAUUGACUUCUUCGAUUAGUGUCCCGUUGAUUUGCAGACGGGGAACACUGUAGUGUUUGUAUUUUCUACAGACGUGUAAAAGUUGCGAUUUAGAUGGCGAUAGAGAAAAUCCCGUGGUAACCGCCCAGCGAUGAAUUGUGUUCAUAGCUUCCUGAAGUCGACUCCUUAUUAGUGUAUGGUCUUGUCCCCAAGCUAUUACAAGUAUGUCGUCGGCAUAGACAAGAAGUUUAAUAUUUGAGGAUAGUUGCUCGAAAAUUGAUUCCAUUGCAAUCAAAAAAAGGGUUACGGAAAUCACCGAUCCUUGUGGGACACCGUUUUCUUGUACUUUCGAAGCAGAGAGUUUCCCAUUCACUGAAACAGAAAACGUUCGGUUCAUGAAAAAAUUGUUGAUGUAUUUACCAAGGUUUCCUUUUACACCCCAAACUGAUAGUGUUGUGAGGAUUGGGUGUCGCCAAACUUUGUCAUAGGCCUUACAGAUAUCGAGAAGGACCAUUUCACAGUGUUGCCUUUCCUGUAAAGGUGUUUCUAGAAUCGAUUCCAGGUCAGAAAAGUAUGAUUCGGUGCCUCUGCCACUAAUGAACGCGUAUUGGUUUUUGCUAAGACAGUUGUUUUGAUGCAGAAAAUGUAAUAAUCUCCGAUUGACCAUCCUCUCCAUGACUUUGCCAACGCAGUUUAGUAGUGUUAUAGGACGGUUAUUGUCAGGUUCUCUGGCAUUUCUACCCGGUUUUGGAAUAGCAAUGACCAGUCCAUUCUUCCAUUCCGGUGGUAUUAAUCCAGUUGCCCACACAUCGUUAAAUACAUUCAGAAGCGUAUAUUUAACGGGCAGGGGGAGCCGUUUUAACAUAAGGUAAGUUAUUGUGUCGAAUCCUGCAGAUUUUCCGUUGGCUCUAUCGAGUGCCCAAAGUAACUCACUAAUGUUAAAAGGAACGUUAAAGUCGAGUUCUUCUCCUCCAUCAAAAGUUGGGGGGUUUUUUUCAGCAUUGUGUUUCAUGCUUUGAAAAUCGGGGGCGUAGCUUUCGGUGGCAGAUAUGUUUUCAAAGUGGUCCGCAAGAAUAUUAGCAAUGUCAGAAGGAUCGGUAUAAAUAUUAUUGCUUGAAACUAUGCAAGGUUGCUGUAUGCUUCGUUUUCCUCUUAGGAUGUUGACUUUCCUCCAAAGAAUAGAAGAAGAAGUGGUAGGAUUGAUCUCUCCGAUGAAAUUUUCCCAGGAUUGUUGUUUCGCUUUCCUUACAGUUGUUCUUGCAAUGUUCCUAGCUUCUUGGAACUCUUUAAGGGCUUGUGAUUUUCUGGGGUCGUCGUCUCUGAUUCUUCGUAAGGCUCGUAAUUUCUUUCUUCGCGUCUUAAUUGUUUUCGCUACUUCCGGGUUCCACCAGGGUACUGAUUUUCCACCGAAUCUUCCAGUGGUUCGUGGAAUGCAGGCUUCUGCAACUUCAACAAUUGUGUCGAUGAACUGUUGGCUAGUUACUUGUGUUUCGGGGGGUAAGAGUUCAAGAGUCUUAUUUUCAAAACUUUCCCAGUCAGCUUGAUCGGUAAUCCACCUACGUCGUAGGAGCAGUGGUUCGUUGGUUGUUGGAAUUGAAAGUCGGAUUGGAAAGUGAUCACUAUCCCGACAAUCCGCAUCUACCGACCAGAUGAACUUGUUGGCUAUAUGGCUCGAAACAAGGGUUAAGUCUAGAGCAGAUGUACGACCGGAAAUGGGAUCGAGUCUAGUAUGCUCGCCGUUAUUUAGCAGCACCAGGUUAUGUUGAGUGAUAAAUGUUUCUAACAUGGAGCCCAUUCUGUCAGUUCUGAGACUACCCCAGAUUACGUUGUGACCGUUAAAGUCUCCCAUGAGAACAUGAGGAGUAGGUAGCUCUUCUAAGAGUUGGUUUAAUUUGAUUUGAUAGUUGUGAGGGCUAGCUUGGGGGGGAAUAUAUAUGGAAAUGAAAGUGACUUUGAAAGGAUGUAGGAUGGUCACUGCAGUUGCUUGUAGGUCGACUUGGAUAUUAUGGAAACUGUGGGGAAUGCUGGAGUUAACUGCCAAACCAACUCCAUGUUGAUCAACUCGGUUGUUACCACUUUUUAGUUUCCAGUUGUAAUUUCGAGUGAGGCUGAGCGGAAAAGUUAGAUUUUCUUGGCAUUUUGUUUCCUGCAGUGCUAAAAUUAACGGUUUUUCAUCGUUUAAGAGUUGUUGAAUUUCCGGCAAACGUCCUCUUAGGCCCCGGACAUUCCAGUGUAUCGCCAUUGCCUUAGAGUCGCGCGGUGUUCGACUUGGGCAAGGCUGGGAAGAGUCAAAUCUUUGGGAGUUUUGUGUGACGUCGCCUACAUCUUCUACAUUGAGAAGAAGGGGAGUUCUUUGACCUUCGCUAUGUAAAGAUCUUUCAUUAAAAGUCUCGUUACCCUGAGUGUUAGAAUUCCCGCUAUUUAUAAAUUGUUGGGUAUUAGUGGUUGAAAUGACAGUGUUCGUAGUGUUAGAUUGAUUGGUCAUUGGUGAUUUAAAAAGAAAUAUGUAAGAAUAGCGAGACAAGUGUUUAGUCGUAAGACAUAUCAGUUUCUGAGUCAGUAUCAGUUUCCGAUAUUAUCAUGGUUGGGGUUUCGUUUUGUUUGUGACUAUGUCGUUGAGGCUGUGGGGAUUGUUUUUGGUUAUCAUUUUUCUUCUGUGGCGGCGAUCCUGUUCCAGAUUUAUCCUGUUUCUUGUUUUGUCGCUUUCUUUGACGCUUCGAGAUUAUUUUUGAGUUUUCUUCUGAGCUUACUGUCGGUUCGGGUUGCUUUCUUACUUGAGUUUCAUUGGAAGUUUGGGCUUGAGCGGCUUGGGACAGAUAUUUAGGUGUUACCAGUUGCAUUUGCAAGGCUUGUAUCUGAGACUGGAGAUCUUUGAUUUGUUUUUGGUGUGAAACUUGAAGCUGCUGCGAAUGCUGUUUAAACUGUUUUAGUUUUGUUUUUAAGUCUUCGGUUUCUCUUCUAGCAUUCGCUUCAGACUCUUUAAGUUUCGUAAUUUCGUUAUUUUGUAGGGUUUGAGCAAUAUUAGAAUACGUGUUCUUUUGCCGCCUUUCUGUGAAGAUCCUCCUAGCCUCACCCAUGGAGAGAGACUCAUCUGUCCUCAGACGAAUUAUAUUUUGCUCCUCGAUGCGUUUCGGGCAAAGGUUGGAGUAGGGCGUAUGAUUUCCGUUGCAAUGAAUGCAUUUUGCUUCUGCUUCACAUGUCCCUUCAUGACUAAUCGAACAGUUACCACAAAUAGGUUUAUUUGAACAACGAUUUUUCGUAUGUCCAUACUGAUAGCAAAGACGACAUUGCAUUGGAGAAUCAUAGUAUACCUGAACCUUUGUUCUUAUAAGCCCGAAAAAUAUAAAUUCAGGAAGAACUGUUCCGUCAAUUGUCAAAACAAUAUGGGGUGUACUUAUUUUUUUUAUACCUUCUUGUCGUUGGAUCCUUCUGACACCGAUGACCUUUUGCGACUUCAGUUCCUCGAGCAAAACAUCAUCACUGAUACCGUCAACUUCGUGGCAGGUUACUUUGCAAAGUCUGCGAUUAAGUUUGUUGUGGGAUGUGAUGGUAAUUGGGGUAUCGUCUAUUAGCCGUUUUAGUUUCCUAAGUUUAUCGGCUUGGGCAGGAUUUCUUACUUUUAAAAUGUACUGCGUUCCUCUGGCCUCAGUCAGUGCUCCAUCGAUCUUACCUACUUCGUUUUCAAUAGUCUUUGCGAUUAGAAAUGGGUUCUUUGGAAGUUGGAUCGGUUUACCGAGUUCAUCCUCUCCUGUUGCUUGUAGGCUCAGCAGAAUCAGUUCUCCUGAUUUGCCCAAAGGAUCAAUCCAUCCAGGGAGUCUGCGGGUUGGGUCUUCGCCUAGCACUUUUUGACCACGUAAAGGAUCUGGCGCUUUGGGCGCCGAUCCGGCGCUUGUGCCUGCCAUUGGGCAGCACAAGCACCUUUACGUUUUCUUUCACUGCUCUAUUCUAAUAUUAUCGCCUUAACUUCUGCGCACAGGGAGACUACCAAUACGUUGCGUCGUCUACGCAACACGCAGUAGAGCCCGCUUGGAGCUAAGUGCUUGCGUGAGAGGUUCUCGAGAGAGCGACUCUCUAUUUUCGUGUGGUUUUCGUGUAAUAACAACUAUUUCCCUAAACAAAGCACUUUCAACUCCGAUCGAAAUCGAAACAAAAUUAUAAUAAAAUGGGGAAUUUCACGUCCCUCUGCACUAAAUCUUCACUCAAUCGGACAGCCGAGUGUCUAAUACAGUUAUGGGAAGUAUCCACGAGAAUAUCAGUCCUUCAGAAUCAGUGUAAAAACGUAUCUCUAUAACCGCUUGAAAACAACCACGCGUCGCUUGGCAAACUUUCACUCGGAAUGAAUGUUAAAGAAAAUCAGCAAAUCAAUCUGCUGAAACUGAACCGGAUUGGCAUUUGUGGCCACUGGGAAAUUGUGUGAGCACAACCAAAAGCCGAAUCGGACAAAUGAAGAAAAAAUAAAUCAGAA